ACACCAAGGAGUCCUCGCGAGCGAGCCGAGGCGCGCCCCCGACCCACAGGAGAUUAUUGGUGGAGGCCGCGGCUUCUAUGUUUCUUUUGGUCCGGGCGCGUGGGGGAUGGGAGAGUCAAGGCCAGCUUCUCCUGAUGGUUUUCUCACCAGCGAAAGACUCAAAGAACUUGCAAAGCCAAAGGAGGUAAAAGAUGUAUGGAACUUUUCUCGCAAGUUAGUCUCGGGAAAUCAAGAGACCAUACGGCCCGUCUCCUCGCGUGCUCUGUUAAGUCAACCAAGUCCAAGGAUCCUGACUCUGGCAAAACCCAAGACCAGACCAGACAGACCUCUCCAGCCCAGGCCCCUUUUCGUGUACAGCUGCGGUCGGGAGUCUGAGAUCUGGGAACGCCCCCAUGAACUGUAUUCAGUCACGCCUUCCAAAAGAAUACUACAGCUAGCAGAACCAAGGCAGCAGUACUUAGCUACCUACCUGAAGCAAAGACCGCGAAGCUCCCCGCAGUGGCCUGUCAGCUAUCCGGCACUUUGUUGCAAUCCUUCCCAGCGGGUUCUGACUCUUGCACAGCCACGACCCUUCCACCCAUCCUUCACUCUUCCAAGAGAGGCUGAAACACGAGUUUCAAGGGCUGCCAGGAGGGCUUCACCAUCCCUAAGGACCGACUUCCUUGCCCAGCCGGUGUUGAAGCAGCACAUCAUGUUCUAUGAUAGCAGAUGCGUGGAGGCCCCAAUCCGACAAGUAAGUCUGGCUGCCCAGCAAGCAGUGGCAAGCCCGCGGGUAGCACACCUGGCUAAACCCAAAGUGCUCCCUGCAGAGAGUGCCCCCGACCGUUCUCCUGCAUGGCCUGUGUCCGCCGCGGCAAAGCACGCAGUAGCCACACCUAGACUUGAGGAGCUGGCUCAACCUCCCAAAAG